GCAACCUUCUCCCUUUGAAGAAAUUAAACACAGAUUUUUUAUUAUUCACAAUCCAAUUUGAAGAAUUGGGUCUUUUAUUUGGCAUAUGGAAUUUGGAAGACCCACUUAAAUACAUCGAUUUGAGUCGCAACAUUUUGUUUUUUCAUCUCUCAGAUCCACCAGGUAGCAUAUUUUCCAUGGAUUCCAUGAAAGGACAAGGAGGCAUCCAGAUGCUACUGACUGCAGAGCAGGAGGCCCGACAGAUUAUUUCCAGUGCUAAAAACUUAAAGUUGACGAGGUUGAAACAAGCUAAAGAAGAAGCUGAGAGGGAAGUGAAACUCUACCACUCCAAUAUGGAAGCUGCCCACCAGAAGAAAAUUUCUGAGACGAGUGGGAGCAGUGGGUCAAAUGUAAAACGGCUUGAUGAAGAAACUGCAUUGAGGAUUCAAAGCUUGAAAGAGUCUGCUUCUAGGGUUUCAUCAGAUGUUGUUGCCAUGCUCAUCAAGCAUGUCACAGCGGUGGAAGCUUGAUAUGUGGUGGUCAGUACAACUACUUCAUCAGUUACAUCGAUUAAAGCUCGAUCUACUUUAGGUCUAGGGCUUCUACUUUUAUGGUCUUUUCUAAAAUUGUAGAAACCCCGAGCUCCAUUUGGAUCAGGGAAGUAGCCGAUAAAUGUUAUUAACUUCACGAUCCUGAUUUAAAUACCCACUUUUCUC